CUCUCCUUCCUCUGGCCUUCCUUCUUUUCUUUUCUAUUUUUUUUUUUUUAUUCAGUUUGCCUUCUAAGAAUCAGAUACUGGGUUCAUCGCGAACCCAGGAUCCUGGGUUCCCCGCGAACCCAGUAUGCUGGAUUCCUCUCGUAUCCAGGGCUCCUCGCGAACCCAGGGGCUUGGAUUCCUCUCGAACCCAGGCGCGUGUUGUUGUGUUGUUAUCGACAGGUUCGUCGCAAACCAAGGUGCCUGCGUUUCUCGCGUGUUUGUGUUGCUAUCAUUUUUUUUGUUUAGAUCUGUGAUUAUGUGAAAUUGUCUGCGAAAACCCAGCUUUGUGUUGCUGUGUUGCUAUCAUUUUCUUAUUUAGAUAUUUGAUCAUGUGAAAUUCUCCGCAAAAACUCAGAUUUAUGUUACUAUGUUGCUAUCAUUUUUUUUGUUUAGAUCAUUUGAUUGUGUGAAAUUGUUUAUCUGGUUCACUCAAUAAAUAGUUAUGAUAGAAUCUCACAUCGAUAAGAUGUGAUGAUAAUAAGUAGAAUAUAAAUUUGGAGAAUCAUGAACUUAAUAGGUGAAGAAGCCAAGAGAGCAUACAAGUCAAAGAACCCAUUCCAUGGGGCAGUCUUCUAUUGCAAGUUAUUGCUAAAACGAAAGCUGGGAAUGAGAUUCUCUUAUGGAACUGAUAUCAUCACCUUAUCCACCAAUCUUAGUGAUGGUAGAACCUUAGUUUCUAGUGAUGAAAGCUUUGAACUGGGGUUCUUCAGUUCUGGAAGCUCUGCCAAGAGCCGUUACUUGGGAAUUUGGUACAAGAAUAUCCCAGUUAAAACUAUUGUUUGGGUUGCAAACAGGUGUAACCCGAUUAAUGACACAUCUGGCAUUUUGAUGAUAAACAGCACAGGCAAUCUGGUACUCCUCAAUCAAAGCAGCGGGAGUGUUGUCUGGGCAGCAAACUCAAAGAAAGAAGCUCAAAAUCCAGUAGUGCAGCUCCUGGAUUCUGGAAAUCUUGUUCUACAGGACAGAAAUGCUGGUAUUUUGUGGCAAAGCUUUGACUAUCCAACUGAUACCAUGCUGCCAGAGAUGAAACUUGGAUGGGACUUACGGACAGGUCUUAAUCGACAAAUAUUCGCGUGGAAGUCCCCAGAUGAUCCAUGCCCAGGAGACUUAAUUUAUGGGGUAGUGCCAUAUAAUAAUCCUGACACUGUUGUUCGGAAAGGCUCGAGAGAAUACUCUCGGAUAGGCCCCUGGAAUGGCAUUGGAAUGAGUGGUGCAAUCCAAUUGAAGCCAAAUCCGUGGUUUACAGGGCUUCUUUAUCUACAUCAAGAUUCUCGAUUGAGGAUCAUCCAUAGAGAUCUUAAAGCAAGCAAUGUUUUGCUUGAUAGUGAAAUGAACCCCAAAAUUUCAGAUUUUGGCAUGGCUAGAACGUUUGGAGGAGAACAAUUUGAGGGAAACACAAGGAGGGUGGUUGGAACCUAUGGUUAUAUGGCACCAGAAUAUGCAAUUGAUGGGCAAUUCUCUAUAAAAUCUGAUGUUUUCAGCUUUGGAAUACUAUUGUUGGAAAUAAUAAGUGGAAUGAAGAAUAAAGGGUUUUACCAUGUCAACCACAAUGUUAACCUUAUUGGCAACGCAUGGAGAUUGUGGAAGGAGGGAAAUCCUUCAAAACUGAUUGAUUCAUUUGUAAUGGAGUCUUGCAAUCUAUCUGAAGUAUUAAGGUGCAUCCACAUUAGUCUCUUAUGUGUUCAACAAUACCCUGAGGAUAGGCCAAAUAUGUCAUUUGUGAUUUUGAUGCUGGGUAGUGAGACUGCGCUGGGACAACCCAAAGAACCUGGUUUCCUUGUUGACAAGAAAUCACUUGAAACAAAUUCUUCAUUUAUCAAACUUGAAUCAUCUUCAACUAAUGAACUUACCUUGUCAGUAUUGGAGGCUCGAUAAAGGCUUAUUAUUCGAAUUCUACAUGUUUUAUGGUGCUGAUAAUAUUAACUGAAUAAUAUGUACGAAUACAUGCUUUACAUAUAA